AUGUUGUGUCUUCUACGAGGUGAUGGCAAGCAAAAUGAAUGGUUCGAUAAUGACAAUAUUAUUACUGGACACAAAAAGGGUAUAUGGAAUAAAACUUUAAAAGUCAAGCAAGAAGAUAAAGUGUGCAAAUGGGAUUUAGAACUACGUCAUCAGUUAAAUCAUGAAAGUAGAAUUGAACCGUCGCCUCCAGUAGAUAUUGUUGCUUUGUUACCGGCUGGAACUCAGAAAGUUCUUUAUAGUGGAGAUUCAUCCGGAAAAGUCUAUUCUUGGGUUUUACCGGAUACCAAAAUAGAAUCUCAUUGGAUGCUAGAUGGACUAACUGACAAUUGUUUAAAAUGCCUUAAAGGAAAAUUCACUGUAAAACUUGUGGGGGUAUCUUUUGUUCAAGUUGUACUCGAUAUGGAAUUGACAGAAAUUCAAGAUUUUGCGAACAUUGUUCGAAAAUAG